GUUUACUAAAGGUCUAUAAAUAAACCCAAAAAACUUUCACUGCAUCGAACCCUCUCUCUUGCCUCUUGGGAAUCUGGAUCUUACUUGAUCCGCUUCUUUUUAAGGGUCUUAGAACGGUUUUUUUUCCUCAAUUUCCUCAAUUUCCCUCAUUUUGCCUCCAUUUCCCUUGACCCUUUUUUUGGAAACUGUUAAAACCUCAAGGAAAGUUAACUUCUUUGUUAGGGUUUUGUUUCGGGUUGGGUUCGCUUUGAAAUCUGGCUCUGUUUCUUGGUUUCGGCUGAAGUUGUUCUUUGUCUUAUUGGAUUUGAACCUCUUGGAUGGCUGGUAAGGCUUCAAAUUCUGUUCUUUAUCCUCAAUUUUGAUUCUUUUUUUGUUGUAGAAGUAGAAGCUUAGACCAUUUCUAGGGUUUCUUGGAAUGGGCUGUAAUUUUUUUCUUUUUAUUUGUUUCCUGAGAAAAUAUAGAAAAAAGCAAAAAAUUGGGUUUGUCUAGCUCUUGGGUUUUUCUUGUUUGAAAACGAGAAUUUCCAAUUAACAAGACAGAGGGUAGCGGGUAUUGUUUUUAUGAGUAAUUCGUAGGAGAUUAAUGGGAUGAAAGAUAAUGUGAGAAUUUUGUGGGAAAAACUGUAAAUUUUGAUAUGAGGUUUUGAACAUGAGCCAUGGAGGUGUGGAGAGUACGAGAGAUACAAAAAAGAGUGAAGGCCAGCGCAGUUUGUCAUUGGGAAGACUGAAAGCUGAUGACUUUGGUAGAGCGGUUUCAAAGAUUGCUGUGGCACAGAUAUGCGAGAGUGUCGGUUAUCAGGGAUUUGAAGAGUCUGCUUUGGAGGCUCUUACUGAUAUCUCAAUUCGAUAUAUCUGUGACUUAGGAAAAAAUGCAAGUUUUCAUGCUAAUUUAGCUGGUAGGUCAGAGUGCAAUCUGUUUGAUAUAACUCGUGCUUUAGAAGAUUUGGGAGCUUCGCAUGGGUUUUCGGGUGCUUCGGAGAUUGGAAACUGUCUUGUAGGCUCUGGCACUCUUAGAGAAAUAAUUCAGUUUGUGGAUUUGAAGGAGGAAAUUCCGUUUGCUCAGCCAGUGCCUAAGUUUCCGGUGGUUAGGGAUAGGAAGCUGAUUCCAAGUUUUGAGCAUAUGAAUGAAACCCCACCUGGCAAGCAUAUCCCAACUUGGUUGCCGGCUUUGCCUGAUCCUCACACUUAUAUUCAUACACCUAUGUGGAAUGAGAGGACAUCAGAUCCUUGUGCUGAUAAGAUUGAGCAAGCAAGGCAACGGAGAAAGGCUGAGAGGGCUCUGCUGAGUUUGCAACAGAGACUGGUGUGUAAUGGUUCUAGUGGAACUUCAGCUUCCACAGUCAUGGAUGCAGUCAUGGAUGCUAAAAGGGAAAAAAUACAAGAAGCUGGAAGUAACCCUUUUCUUGCUGCCCCAUUGCAACCUGGGGAGAAAGAUGUUUCACAGGUGGUUUUGCCAACUAAGCUUUCUGAUGAAGUGAGCAAGGGCAAUCAUGUUUCUGUGCUACAGGCAUUUGCUCCUGCCAUUGAAGCGAUGAAAGGUGGACCAUCUGAUGAAUUGGAUGGUGGAAAUACUCUCCUUCCUGAAAAGAGGCCUGCUGUUCAUUUCAAGUUCAGAUGUGGCAAGAAAAUCUUGGGGUCAUGCGAACUAUUGCUCUUGCGUGGAUAUUGUGGAAUCACAACAUAUUUUAGAGGUUCACUUGCUUCGCAGGGGAUGACUAGAGCACCCUUUUGAUUGAAGUCAUAUUCUUGUUCUGCUGCAUCUAAUAACUUGAUAAAUGGUAGAUACCUUAGUUAUCUUAGUGCAACAAAGAAUUUCUUGGGCUCGCCAGUUUUAAGCACGACAAUCGUGAAGUGCCCCUUUUUUAAAGGUCCUGAAAUUUCUGCCCUUUAGUGCUUCUGUCAUUCUGGGUUUGCCACCUAAAAAUGGAGAGGUGACUUCUCUUCAACUGCGUCAUUGCACUCUUAGCCGUGAAAUUGAAGCUAUGCAUUCUCUGAUUCUUUUUAGCCUUAUCCAUGUGCACCGAGCUUGUUUCCCUCUUCCUUAAGGAUGUCUUUUAUUUGGAUUUUUGUUGUCUGUAAUGUGAACUUCUUCUGUUGGGUAAAAAUAGGGAAAGCAUCCGUCCUGGCAAUUAUUAAUUAUAGCGAUGAGUGUGGUUAAUAAUAGGACUUCCUGAUUGAAGCUGUGGGAAAGAAUUUGUUGGCACAUUUUGUGCUUCCAGGAUUUAUUUGUGUGAUGACUGAUGAUGAUUAUGACGAUGAUGAAAAUUGCAUUGAUAAGCUUGAGCCCCCUUACGAGGAAGUAAAUCACAUCAUUUUAGUUAUUGUGGUCCAUAGCACUUGCAGAGUGUCAGUUCAAAAAUCAUUGCAUUCUCAUGAAGACAGCAUUUUGAGUUCACAAUCUUAUUUGCAACUCAUGCCCAAGCGUUGGCAUUUUUGCAUGGAGUGGGCAGUCAACUUGAACCCACUCUCGAGCGCCACUGGUCAAUCCAAAACUUUAUUAUUGCAUCAGAUUGUAUGUUUCGCACUUGCAUCUUUUUUUGACGAGUCUACCAAUUGCUGUUGUAAAAAUUGCCACGUCAGUUUGUUUAGUAUUCUUAU